AAGGGAUCAGUCCUCUUACAAUUCACGCUCACGAAUGGCGAGCAUUGCGAUCGCACAGACGCAACAAGCCCAGGCGACUACCAGUGCUCCAUCUGCUGCUGCUGCUGCUGCUCCUGCCAUGCAACUCGAGCCGACAAGUGUCAUUGUGCUGGAUAGCGGCGGCGGCUCCAUCAAGGCCGGCUGGGCGCACGAUUCGCAGCCGACGAUUAUGGGAAAUUGCAUCACAAGGCCAAGAUCAGCUCGGCGAACAUUUGUGGGCAACGAGCUGGAUCAGUGGGGCGAUCUCUCCGGACUGUACUAUGGAUACCCGACACAGAAGGGCUUUAUUGUCAACUGGGAGCUGCAAAACAAGAUCUGGGACCAUGUGUUGAGCUCGUCGGUGCUAGAAGUGAACAACUUUGCAGAGACCAGUCUUGUUCUGACCGAGCCGCUGUUCAACUUUCCUGCCAUCCAGUCGGCCAUGCGCGAAGUUGCAUUCGAGGAGCACGGCUUCCAGUCCUUGCUGCACACGACAGCACCUGAGCUGUCCGCCUAUCAGCAGCGAGUCGACUCGCCCAGUGCCCAGGAGGCUCAAGUGGUUGUGGACAGCGGAUUUUCGUCAACCUAUGUUGUCCCUUUUGUUCAAGGGCAGAUGUUACCAAGCUGCGCAACUCGCAUUGACGUGGGCGGCAAGGUGCUGACCAACUACUUGAAGGAUGUCUUGUCGUAUCGGCAAAUCAAUCUGAUGGAAGAAACGCACGUGGUUAACGAAAUGAAGGAAAAGGCCUGCUACGUGGCGACCGAUCUUCAGCACGAGCUGGAGAAGGCAAAACAACGCCCGUCCUCAAACACAAUCUCUGUCGACUACGUUCUGCCAGACUACACGACCAUUAUGAAGGGCUUUGUUCGAGCUCCUGUUGCACGGACGGGACCAGCCAAUAUGUCUAGUGACGAGCAGCUCGUCAAGUUGAACAAUGAGAGAUUCUCUGUCCCUGAACUCUUGUUUCAUCCGAGUGAUGUUGGAAUCAAGCAAACGGGUAUUCCAGAGCUGAUUGGCCUUGUUGUGGAGAGCUUGGAAGAAGCGGCGCAGUACUAUGCGUAUCAAAACGUGGUUCUUACGGGUGGCAAUGCACGUUUCUCGGGCUUCCAAGCGCGCAUAACCAACGACCUGCGAGCCCUUGCUCCGAGUGACAUGCCGGUUGAAUGCUCAUUACCGACCGACCCCCAAAUUCACGCAUGGCGAGGAGGUCAAUCCAUGGUUCAGCGAGGUGAUUUUGCAGCAGCAGCAGUUACCCGUGCCAAGUAUGCCGAAUAUGGAGAUGCUGCGUUCAGUCGUUCACGUUAAGAAGAAGAAGAAGAAGAAGAAAAACAAACAACGCAAAUACAAAAAGUCAAACAUUUUUAAGCACCAUCGUUAUGAGUCGAAGCGAUACAAAUACCUCUCCUGUU